GGAGACGGCAGAAAUGAGGAACCGAAAUGAAAAGCAAAUCAUCUGGGGAGCAAAACCACGUUAGACUGGAAAACUGAUGGCUGUAAAAUGCACGAGGCAUCUCGUUUUGUGUAAAAAAACGCUCUUUGCUCUUUCUCUACAGGUGGGUUGUACUUAUUGUGAAGUCGUGGUGACACAUACGAGGAUGGAGGAGUCGAAAAUGAGCGUUGGUACGUUGAGUGAAGAAGUCCUGAAUAAGCUGUCGAAGAUGCUGGACAACUCAUCCUGCGGAUGGAGGCAGCUGGCCAACGCGGUGUCCGAUCAACCGAAAUUCCGCUGCAGCGAGAGUGAGCUGACCAGCUUCUCACUCCAGGUGCUGAGCGCUGCAGGCAGCCCAGGACGCACGCUCCUGGCUCGUCUAGCUGAUCGUUCCUGCUCCCUGGACUUCCUGCUCCACUGCCUGAGGAAGAUGGACCACCAGGAAGCUGUACAGUACCUCUCCGUCGCAGUGGCAGAGCUGAUCCAGAUCACAGUGCAGCCACAGUCCCAGCAAGCCACAGUGGGGGACAGGGUGGUGCUAACCUGCAGAGCCUCUGGUCCUCCUGGACUCAGCUACCAGUGGUUCAGAGGCAAAGAGGAGGUUUUGGAUGAGACAGGGAGUACGCCAGAGCUGGUCCUGUGUCCUUUAGCCCCGGUCCACCAGGGUCACUACAUCUGCAGGGUCAACCAUGGAGAAAACUGCGUUUUCUCCCAGUGGGCUCACAUUCGCUUUGUUCACUCUGCAGGCUGCAGCAGCAGUCUGUUUGCAGGGUCAGUGAGUGGGCUGCUCAUCACCCAUCAGCCCCAGUCCCAAGCAGCGUCUGAGGGCGACAUCCUGCUGCUGGAGUGCAAUGCAGAGGCCAACCCUCCCGCCCAGUACGAGUGGUACCACAACAUGGUGCCCAUGAAACAACACAAGACACGUUUACUCAAGAUCCCGUGUGUGACCACAGCACACAGAGGACAGUACAGAUGCAAGGUGUUUAAUUUAUACCACGAGGCCUGGACUGACACAGCAACAGUCACCAUCGGCCCCAGUUCCAUCGCUGAUGCCUCCUGGGUAGAAGUUGAUCGUGGUCCAGACUCACAGGAAGUCCACAGAUCAACCUGCGGACCAGGAAGUCAUCCACUGCAACAGAUGCUCGACCCGCCCUCAUCAGCCAAGCACUUCCAUGCAACAGACAAAGUCGCUCUUCUGAUUGGCAACAUGAACUACCUCUAUCACACUCAGCUCUGUGCUCCAAUCGCCGACGUCCACGAGUUGACCAACCUCCUCAGACAAAUGGACUUCAAGGUGGUUUCCCUGCUUGACCUCAACUGGCAGGAGAUGCACAGCGCCGUUACGGAGUUCCUGUUGCUGCUCGACAAGGGGGUCUAUGGCUUGCUAUACUUUGCUGGUCAUGGUUAUGAGAAUUAUGGCAACAGUUUCAUGGUUCCCAUCGACGCACCGGCCUCCUAUACAUCAGAGCACUGUUUGUGCGUGCAGAAUAUACUGACCAGGAUGCAGCAGAAGGAGACUGGACUCAAUGUAUUCCUGCUGGACAUGUGCCGCAAAAGAAACCCAAAUGAUGACGUGAUUGUGCAACCAGGACUACUCAAAGUGACAGCAAAUAUAGUGUUUGGAUAUGCCACAUGCGUAGACGCGGAAGCAUAUGAAGUGAAGAGAGAGGAUGUGUCGAAUGGCAUCUUCAUAAGCUUCCUCAAACGGCGAGUUUGUGAGGAUGAGAAGGUCACGGUCAUGCUGGACAGAGUGGCAGAAGACCUGGGUCGUUGUAAGAUCACACGAGGGAGGCAGGCUCUGGAGCUACGCAGUAAUCUGUCCGAACGACGUUCCCUCACCGAUCAGAUACAGACCUCUGAGUGUUCUGCGUCCCACUCAGCCCGGAACCUGCAGUGGGCUGUUGCUCACGUUCUACCACAGAGCCUUUGCCUGCAGUUUGACUGUGGAGUGAAGGUUCAGCUCGGCUUUGCUGCAGAGUUCUCCAACAUCAUGGUCAUCUACACUCGGAUACUUGAGAAACCCGCAGAAAUUGUUUCCUGCUGUGCUCAGCUCACUGACUUCCCAGAGGAUGUGGAUAUUGAUCUGAAGAAGAGUAACCAGGAGACUCUACUGGAAGCUGGCAGUUUAUUAUUGAUCAAAGAAAAUCUUCCUUCACCAGACGCCCCCAGUCGCUACACACGCAUCCGAAGCCUGCAGAGACUCAGGACGGAGCUCACAUUCACUGCCUGCCUUCAUUACACCUAUUCCAACAUGGAUGAAGAAGUACAGGAACGGCAACCAGUGACAGUUGGUAAACCACUGGUCUCCAAACUCAACCUGCAUGAACCACGACCGUCUUGCACAUGCUCUGCCUCCACAUCCUUCAGCCUCGACUCCUUCGACGUCGCCGAGUGUUCUUCCCUUACGGAAGCUUAUUCCUCUGUUGGUUUAGCCUCAAGCGCAUGGUCAUAUUAUGCACAAACUGGAAGAGAACCUUCCACCACCGACUCUGCAACUUCAUCCAGAAGUGCCAAUAUACCAGAGGAGACUUUCAGUCCUGAGUUAUUAGAGGCCCCUCAGCCUCUUGUUGCCAGCAAAAGCUUGCCCCACAGUCGAGUAAAUGACACAAACUACAAAUUUAGUGACAUGCACAAUUUUCAUUCUUACUAAACAUUAUGAAGCCUAUGAUUUGACCAUUACACACUGAUAAAGUACACAUAUUAGUUUGCAAUUUGCAAUACAAGUUUUAUUGACAUGUUAUGCUCAGUGACAAUAAAGACAAUCUUGAAUUUUGAAUAAACAAUUUGCUGUUUUAGUAAAGCUUAACCAGGACUCAGUUCAUUGUAUGUGGUUAAUUUAGAUAUUAUCCUCUUUUAUUAACUAUGCAUUAAGUUUUUGUAAUGUUCUAUAAACAUUUUCAUAUUAAUAUACAUCAUAAUGCAUGGAAAAAGUAACUACACUGCAUAUGAAGAAAUAAACAGCCUU